AUGGAUGAUUUAUUACAUGAAGUAUUUGAUUUUGAUGUUGAUAUGUAUGCAACAUUAAUUAAUGUUCGAGUUCAAAUUGAAUGUAGUGAUCAACGAAAUUAUUCAGGAAGAGUUUAUACAGUCGAUCCAUUGACUCAAAGUAUUGUUCUGAUUGAUGAUAUAUCAAAUCGUGUUCACAUUGUUCUUCGACCUGAUAUUAUUCAAUUAAAAAUUCUUGAUCGAAAUACGUCACUUCAAACAUAUAAAGAUCCAUUUCAAUCAUCGAAUGUAAUAUCAAAUGAACAAGAUGAUUCCAGUUCGGAUCGUCUCGAAAAAAUUCGUACAUUUCUUUCAUCUAAACGAAUACCAUUCAAAGAGAAACUUGAAGAAAAUAAUUCUAUAACACUUUUAAUACAAAAUGGUAUUGUUCAAAUAAAUGCUCCAUAUACAAAUGAGACUAUUUCAGGAACAAAUGAAAUUGUUCUAUCACGUAUUAAAUUAUUACUUAAACAGAUUAUUAAUUAA